AUGUCGAAACCAAAUCCCUUCCUCAACCUCUUCCGGCGGUACUACUCGCAAAAUGCCUCGACCUUCACGCAAUCACGCCCCGCCUUCAACACAUCACGCACCGCCCGCCCGCAAUGCACCCGCUCACGCUUCGCACCGCAAUUCGUCCUCUUCCGCCGCAACGUCGGCGGCGGCCCUGGUCUCGAUCCAAACUUCGUCUCGAUUCUCGACCGCCCGGCCAAAAUGGCGCGCGUGGGCAAAAAACACGGACCGGGGCUGAUCAUCCUCGCUAUUAUCCCUCUCACGGCGUUCGUCCUGGGGUGCUGGCAGGUGCAACGGCUGGGCUGGAAGACGGACCUCAUAGCGCGGUUUGAGGACCGGUUGACGUUUCCGCCGCUGGAGUUGCCGUUGCGCAUCGAUCCGCAGGCGGUCAAGGAUUUUGAUUAUAGAAAAGUGUAUGCGCGCGGCGUGUUGAGGCAUGAUCAGGAGAUGCUGAUUGGGCCGCGCAUGUUGGAUGGGGAGGAAGGGUAUACGGUGGUUACUCCGCUGGAACGGACGGAUGCAAAGGGCAAUGUGCACAAGAUCCUGUGCUGUCGGGGGUGGAUCAGAAAGGACGCAAAGCCGCAGUGGUUCAGGAAAAAGAACGGGGCGCUGCCAGAGGGAGAGGUUACGAUUGAGGGGUUGCUGAGAAUACCGCCACCUGGGAAUAUGUUCACGCCGAGGAAUGAGCCGGAGAAGGGGAAGUGGUUUUUCCCCAGUGUAGAAGAGAUGGCGCAACAUUCGGGAAGUCAGCCCGUUUGGGUAGAGGAGACAAUGACGCCUGACCUGCUCACAAACUAUGAGCGCGAACCCAAGGGCGUACCGAUUGGCAGAGCGCCGACCGUGAAUCUGCGAAACAACCAUACGCAGUACAUCUUCACAUGGUACGCGCUCAGUCUCGCCACCUCAGUGAUGUUCUGGAUGGUGGUAAAGAAGCCCAUAUCCGGUACCCAACGGCGGGUGCGACACAGUGUCGACUGGUCAUAA